AUGACCACCAACGGUAACACGAUCCCCGCCGACGUGUGGCGGGCCAACUUUGGCCCGGUCAUGGCCACGUCCGACCCGCUCAUCGCCAAGACCGUCGAGUUUGUGCGCAACGCACUUGCGUCCAACGACGCGUCGCACGACUGGAAUCACAUUGAACGGGUGUGGCGCAUGAGCGUGCGCAUUGCGACUGAAGAGAACGUCGCCCGCAUGGACUGCGUCGUCCUCGCCGCGCUCCUCCACGACAUUGACGACUGGAAGUACGCUGGCAGCGAGACAAGCGAGCGCGCGCUGGCGUUUCUCCAGUCCCAGAACGUCGAGCCCGAGAAGAUUGCUUUCGUGCUCAAGAUCAUCAAGGGCGUCGGCUUCAAGGAGGAGCUUUCGGGUGGCGCGGAUGCGAUGUUCCCUGAACUCGCGUGCGUCCAAGACGCCGACCGCUUGGACGCAAUCGGCGCACUCGGAAUUGCGCGCUGCUUGACGUACGGUGGCCACAAGAAGCGCGUGCUCUACGAUGUUGAGAAUCCUCCGAACGUCGGUAUGGACAAGGACGCGUACAUGAAGAACAAGGACGGCGCAACGCUCAACCAUUUUUACGAGAAACUCUUCAAGCUCAAGGACAUGAUGAAGACGGCCGCGGGCCGGCGCAUUGCGGACGAGCGCCACGCGUACAUGGAAGAGUUUGUGCAAAAGAUCUUUUCGGAAAUCGCGGGCUUGUCCUAA